AAUGCUGUCCAUUCAGGGGUCAUCCUCAUACAGCUCAAGAUUUAUUCCCUUCAGCAAGAUAGAAAAUCGGAGUUAUCAAUGGUUCCCAUCAAAACACUAAAUACCAAAUAAAAAGCAAGGCAGAAAAUCAAUACCUACCAAAUUCUAUUCUGUCUGUCAGCCAAACGAGCGAGAAUGUUUAUUGCUGACCAUGCAGCUAUUCUACCGAAAUUCCAGGUGAUGCAAUCCUCAUUGUUUAGAGGGUGUUUAGUUCAGUCUGCUCCCCUGUUUUGCCAUUUGUUUAAAGCCCACAAAAUAGAAUAUAGAUUUAGAAUAUUUAGAUUGAAGGUGAAGGCUUGUGGAGGUGAGCAAAGGAAAAGAGUAGUAGUUGUGAGGCAUGGGCAGAGCACAUGGAAUGAGGAGGGAAGGAUUCAGGGCAGCUCCGACUUUUCAGUUCUUACACAGAAAGGAGAAAUGCAGGCUGAAACAUCCAGACAAAUGCUUCUCCGAGACACCUUUGAUGUUUGCUUUCACAGUCCUCUAGCCAGAUCAAAGCGAACAGCUGAAAUAAUUUGUGACUCUCGGAAACUGGAAAUGAUUCCAGAAUAUGACCUUAGAGAGAUCGAUCUUUAUUCAUUUCAGGGGUUAUUAAAGAUUGAAGGGAAAAAAAGAUAUGGAGAGGCAUAUAGUCAAUGGCAGAAGGAUGCUGCAAAUUUUGUUAUUGAUGGGCAUUAUCCUGUAAGAGAACUAUGGGAACGAGCAAAAGCCUGCUGGUCAAAAAUUCUAAGCCACAAAGGCCAGUCAAUACUAGUAGUUGCUCACAAUGCUGUGAAUCAAGCUUUAGUUGCCACUGCAAUAGGUCUUGGUCCUGAAUAUUUCAGGAUACUUCUGCAGAGCAAUUGUGGCAUCAGUGUGUUAGAUAUCACACCAAGCAUCAUUGAUAAUGGCUUUCCGUAUAUUUGUCUUGAUCGGCUGAAUCAGACACCAAACUCACCAAUUACACCAAUUACCCCUGGUCAGUCGGUGGGUAGGAAAACUGAAGAUAGAAUCAUACUUGUGUGCCAUGGUACCACUGGCAGCAUCGCUGAGGGAGGACUCCCUACAUCCUUUGAUGCGCCAAUGAAUAUGCUUGGGACAAUUCAGUCUCAGAAAACUGCAGAGCUUCUAUUAGAUUUGAGGGUGGGCUCGAUUUUGUGCAGCCCUCACUUUGUUGCCUUAAAAACAGCCGAGGCCAUAGCACAGGUACAGGAAGCUGCAGAUUGCUUGGGAGCAGAUUGUGUACCUCGAUAUGUGGAAAUAAAACAAAUGCAGGAACUUGGAGAUAUGUCUUGGGAGGUAUUGUUGGAACAGUUACAGAACCAAGUGGGUCAGUUUGGCAGGUGGCAAGAAUGCUUGCAGCAAAAUUGCGAUAACCUUGAAGACACAUUUUCAAAUUUUUGGGAUAGGGCUGGGGAAGCUUGGAAUAGUCUGACCAAGCAGUUGGGAGACCUGCGAAAGGAUCUUUCUAGUCCUGAGAGGAAUGUUAUAGUUGUAAGCCAUGAAAUAGUAAAUAUUGGAAUUCUCUGUCAUUGCCUUGGGCUUGAAAAAUCCUCCAUUGCUGCUUUUCAUCUUGAUACAGGCAGUAUUAGCAUGAUUGACUUCCCUGAUGGUCCUAAUGGGAGAGGGGUUGUUCGAUGCCUUAACUAUACGGCACAUUUGGGCAGGUGGUCGGUACCUGUCACAAGGCCAGCUAUGGCAGAGGAAGAUUUUUGAUUAGAGGAAAGUAUUAUUCAGAUGUUUUUCUUCAGUGCCAGUAACUUGGCAUUAUAAACAAUGUUUCCUCUAUUCAUGAGGUAUGGUGGUUGCUGUAUUAAUAUAUGCUGUAUUUGAUUGAAA